GGCCUCGUGGCAUAAAGCACGGGAAAUUAUUCGUCCGUCAUUUGAACAACAUGAACGGCAUGUCAAACUACACACACGAGCCGUGUAGUUGGCCUACAUACAGUCGCAUAUUUAUCGUGUUGGCUUCGUAAUUUCUUUCGAAGUGCCGUUUGGAGCGAGUUUAUUCGGAGGCCGAAAAGUUUCGUUCGAAUCAGAUUGGAGUUUUGUUCAAAUGUCGUCACCAGCAGACUGGUAUAAAUCUCUCCCACCUAUCACUAGAGCUUAUGCUUCUGCGUGUGUGGUGGGCCUGGUGGCCACUGCUGCUUUUCAACUAGGAUUAUAUGAUCUCAAGCACAUAGCAUUACUGCACCAACUCGUUUUCUCGAAUUUUCAGGUGUGGAAGCUAGUUACCAGUUUCUUUUUCCUGGGAAAAUUUUCUAUCAAUUUCGGAAUUCAUCUCCUAAUGAUAGCCAGAUAUGGAGUUCAGCUAGAAAAUGGUCCAUUUAAUAGGCGGACAGCUGAUUUCCUGUGGAUGAUGAUUUUUGGAGGACUGACAUUACUGGCAUUAUCAGCCAUCCCCCUUUUGUGGAAUCCCUUCUUAGGAGUUUCACUGGUUUUUAUGUUGCUUUACAUUUGGAGCAGAGAGUUCCCCACUGCUCAAGUCAGCUUAUAUGGACUUGUCACACUCAAGGUAUAACAGGUUAAAGGUAAACCAUAAUGGGGGCUACUUAUUCUUAUUUUGGAGAGCCCUUUCCCUGAACUGAGGUUAAGGUUUUUAUGUUUGGUUCUAUAUUUGUGAUCCACAAAACUUCUCCUGCAAGUGUCUAGAACCUUUGUAUCAUAUCAGUAGAGGGUCCUUUUUCCUGUUGGUAUUCUUUGCGUGAUCACUGAGACACUCUUAAACAGUUUGGAACCUGUAAGAUAGAUGUCGUAUUAUUCAGGAAAUCAGGAUCAUAAUUAUGAGUAGCUUUAUAAUAGUUCUACUUAUUCAUCACUUCCUAAUAGCCUAUGCAAUCCCCCCUUGACCCCUCCGCACAACCCACCCACUAAGGUAUCUAUAAGAGGUUGAUUUGGUUUGGUUAUAAAUAUAAAUAUUGAUUAGUAGCUUACCUCCUUUUCAGUUGUUGCAGUUCUGCUAUGGUAUGGGAUGUGAUGAAGCUAAGUUUAAUUUUGGUAUGAAAAUCCUGAACUCUGGAUUCAGAUAUAAACUAGUUGCGCUAUGGGGCCUGGGAAUUUCCUCAAAUGCCAAUGUCCAAUCAGGUAGAACAGCUGGUGCGUCGUUUACUGGGAGGAGUUACAGGCUGAAUGAAGGAGGGUCUUUUCCUUUGCUCAGAAACUUAUGGUCAUGACGAGGUUUUGUUUUCUUUUUGUAAUUCUUUACACUGCGUAGAUGAUAGUCCUAGCAAGAAAACCCAAAUGGGUACCUAAGAACUAAGAUGUUCAUAUUAGCCUGAAAACAGCCAAUUGUUUGCUUGCAACUGAUUAUUUAUUUUAUUAAUCACUUGAAGGGAUGACCCCUUUUUACCCUUUCAA